AUGUCCAAGAAGGGAGCCAGCAGCCGAGCUAGGGGGGAGAAGCCGGACGCCUUGGCCGCCUUGCAGGCUGCCAAUGAAGAGCUCAGGGCCAAGCUCACCGACAUCCAGAUAGAGCUCCAGCAAGAAAAGAGUAAGGUCAGCAAGUUGGAAAGAGAGAAAAAUCAGGAAGUUAAGCAGAUCAAAGAGCACGAACAGCAUAAAAGUACAGUGGUGGUAACAGAGCUCAAAGUCAAACUUCAUGAAGAGAAAAUGAAGGAGCUCCAAGCUGUUCGAGAAGCACUUUUGAGACAGCAUGAAGCUGAACUACUUAGAGUAAUAAAAAUUAAAGAUAAUGAAAUCCAGAGACUACAGGCCCUUCUCAAUGCUGUACGCGAUGGGGCUCCUGACAAGGUGAAAACGGUGCUGCUCACGGAGGCGAAGGAGGAGGCCAAGAAGGGGUUUGAAGUUGAGAAAAUAAAAAUGCAGCAAGAAAUUUCAGAGCUGAAGGGGGCUAAGAAACAAGUGGAAGAGGCUUUAACUAUGGUCAUCCAAGCUGACAAAAUUAAAGCAGCGGAGAUAAGGAGCGUGUAUCACCUGCAUCAAGAGGAAAUCAGCAGAAUUAAGAGGGAGUGUGAGAGAGAAAUUCGUAGACUGAUGGAGGAGAUUAAAUUUAAAGACAGAGCAGUCUACGUGCUGGAGAGAGAGUUAGGGGUUCAAGCCGGGCAUGCUCAGAGACUGCAGCUCCAAAAGGAGGCUUUAGAUGAACAACUUUCCCAGAUCAAAGAGUCUGAUCGGCAUCUGAGCAGCCCCAAGCGGGAACUUCCUUAUGCAAGUGGUGCAGGAGACGCUUCAGAUCAUUCGGGAAGCCCCGAACAGCAGUUGGAUGAAAAGGAUGCCCGGCGUUUCCAACUUAAAAUCGCUGAGCUGAGUGCCAUCAUCAGGAAGCUGGAGGACCGGAACGCGCUGCUGUCCGAGGAGAGAAAUGAGCUGUUAAAACGUCUUAGAGAAGCUGAAAGUCAGUAUAAGCCCAUUUUGGACAAAAAUAAACGCCUUAGUAGGAAAAAUGAAGAAUUGUCACAUGCCUUACGUCGAAUGGAAAAUAAAUUAAAAUUUGUAACACAGGAAAAUAUAGCUAUGAGGCAAAGAGCUGGAACAAUAAGGAGACCAAGCUCUUUAAAUGAUCUUGACCACAGCCAGGAAGAAAGAGAAGUUGAUUUCCUGAGACUACAAGUUAUUGAACAGCAAAAUAUCAUUGAUGAACUCUCCAAGACACUGGAAACUGCUGGCUAUGUGAGGAGUGUCAUGGAACGUGAUAAGCUGUUAAGGUAUAGGAAGCAAAGGAAAAAAAUGACAAGAAUUCCUAAGAAGCCGGUUGUGGAGACAUUUUUCGGCUACGAUGAAGAAGCUUCCUUGGAGUCUGAUGGUUCCUCUAUCUCGUAUCAAACUGACCGGACAGAUCAAACCCCUUGCACUCCUGAAGAUGACUUGGAAGAGGGCAUGGCCAAGGAAGAGACGGAACUGCGAUUUCGGCAGCUGACGAUGGAGUACCAGGCUCUGCAACGAGCAUACGCCCUAUUGCAAGAACAGGUCGGAGGAACAUUGGAUGCAGAACGAGAAGUUAAGACACGUGAGCAGCUCCAAGCAGAAAUACACCGGUCUCAGGCUCAGAUAGAAGACCUGGAGAAGGCCCUUGCUGAGCAGGGGCAGGACAUGAAGUGGAUUGAGGAGAAGCAAGCGUUGUAUAGAAGAAAUCAAGAACUGGUAGAAAAGAUAAAACAAAUGGAAGCUGAGGAAGCUCGCUUAAAACAUGAUGUCCAGGACGUUAAGGAUCAAAACGAGCUCCUGGAGUUCAGGAUCUUAGAACUUGAAGAGAGAGAAAGACGAUCGCCUGCCAUCAACUUCCAUCACGGUCCUUUUACAGAGGGGAAAAGCCCUCUCCAAGUCUACUGCGAGGCAGAAGGUGUAACAGACAUAGUAGUAGCAGAGCUGAUGAAAAAAUUGGACAUUUUAGGGGAUAACGCCAAUCUGACCAAUGAAGAGCAAGUAGUUGUCAUACAAGCGAGGACAGUUCUCACGUUGGCUGAAAAGUGGCUACAGCAGAUAGAAGUGACGGAGUCUGCGCUGCAGCAGAAGAUGCUGGAUCUUGAGAACGAAAAGGAGCUGUUCAGCAAGCAAAAGGGCUAUCUGGAUGAUGAGCUCGACUUCAGGAAACAGUCCUUGGACCAAGCCCACAAGCAAAUUCUGGAAUUAGAAGCCAUGCUCUAUGAUGCCCUGCAGCAAGAAGCUGGAGCCAAAAUUUCCGAACUUCUUUCAGAAGAGGAGAAAGAGAAGCUGAAGAGCGCCGUAGAGCAAUGGAAGCGGCAGGUGAUGAGCGAGCUCCGGGAGAGGGACGCCCAAAUCCUGCGAGAAAGGAUGGAGCUCAUUCAACAUGCACAGCAGAGAAUUAAAGAGCUAGAAGAAAGAAUUGAAGGCCAAAAAAGACAAAUAAAAGAGUUAGAGGAAAAGUUUUUAUUUUUGUUUUUAUUUUUCUCUUUAGCUUUCAUUCUUUGGUCAUAG